UCAAUUUCUUACAAGGAUUUUCAUUUUCAGAGUUUUUCACAAUUUAUCACACGCACAGCUUAUGGACACUCACUCACCAUUCUUCUCAUAAUCACGAUUUUGUUCCUAUGUGGGAUCGUGAACACGUUCUCAUGUCCACAGCCGGAACAAGCUGACGUAUGUCAGACGGUCCACUUCUCAGCGUUCUCGUUCGCCAUGUGGAUUCUGACGACAGCGGUCUUUAUUCGAUUCUCGUCUAUCUACCUUCUCGGUGUGCUCACGUUUGCCGUUUUCAUCUACACGAUUCAAAUAUUCCUCACACAUCCGCCGAUUGGACCAAAAGAGUUCACCAUCGAGUUCGAUCUCUGGGUCGGUCUCUCGUCACUAGCCGCUCUCGUAUUUCUGCAUGCAAGAAGAUGCGAAAAACUAAUGCGACUCGACUUUCUAUCGGUUGUCAAGGUAGGUCAAGGUGGCCACUUAGAAGGAAAAGUUUAA